UGUCGUGAAGUUGCCAUCAUGGAUCGUAACCGUAAUGAAGAGUGUCCUGAUUUGUUUACAGAAUCGUAGGUUAGAGUUCGUUCAAGUGAUCGUUGCGAAUCUCAUUGACAGUUGAUUGACAAUUCACGAGUUUACGACGAACGUUUUCAGUGACGCGGUACUUCGCCCAUCGUCUGUUGCACAGUCAUUUUAAAUACUGUUUCGUUGACUACAAUAAUAUUCAGUUCGUAUGGGCAUAAACAUUUAAUACGAAAGCAAUGUCCGACAAGGAGGUCAACGAAAAUCCCGCUAUUGAAAUUGGUGGCAAGUCAGACGAAAUUGGUGAAAGUUCAACGAACGAAGAAGCGCCUGCUAGUCUCGAGACAAUUCCCUCGGAAGCACAGUCGACCCGUAACGGAGUUCAAUCUGUCGCCAAGGAGAAAGCAAAAAUUGAUAUUUUGCUAAAAGCGACCGGGAAUGCACCGAUAAUGAAGCAGAAGAAAUGGUCCGUCAGUCAGGAUCAUUGCAUCGGUCGAAUCUCAGAUUUUGUUAGAAGGUAUCUCAAGUUAGAUGCUAAUGAGAAAUUGUUCCUCUAUGUGAAUCAAACGUUCGCACCUGCACCGGAUCAAAUAGUAAAGAAUCUGUACGACUGUUACGGUGCAGAUGGAAAAUUGAUACUUCAUUACUGCAAGAGCCAAGCCUGGGGAUAAGCAUCGACUCUGAGUACGUGUAUACUUCUAUAUAUUAUAAAUGUACAUAGACAUUACAAAGAUUUAUAUCCUAUACUAUUAUAUAUAAUAUAUAAGUGUCGUUGAUCGGUUCAAUUUCAAAUUGAAUCUUGGCUAAUCAAAUAAAUAAGGUUUAAUUUAAUAAACUUGGGCAAGUUCGCCUUAGGA